AUGAACGCCUCUUCCGAGCUCUUUGUCAGACUUCCCAAUCGGGUACGUAUAUGUUACCAGACGUUUGGUGAUCCUUCAGACCCGGCCGUCAUUCUUAUUCCUGGUAAAGAUAAGACCUUUCUUCUUUGCUCCAUGUUGUCCUGGCCCGAACCGCUGAUUGAGAAGCUACAAUCAAGCGAAGAAGGCAAGAGAUAUUUUGUUGUACGCUAUGACCCAAGAGACACUGGUCUGUCACAAGAGUUUCCAGUCCCGGCAGGAUACUCGAUCGGGGACAUGGCGGAGGAUGUGGAACUUCUUGCCGACCAUCUGAACCUCACUAAUCCGGGCAAAGGCUUCCACCUCGUGGGUGUUAGCAAAGGAGGUCCAGUAGCCUAUACUGUUUCUGCACGUAAACCUCAGAAAGUCAAAAGCCUCACACUCAUGUUUACAUCUCCGGGUGUCAGUCCUGAGCUACCCAUCAAAGGUGGACUUGACCUGGGAUUCCAACCCAUGCUUGCAGGUUUUUUGAACGUGAAAGAGGCUGCUAUCCAAUCAGGAAUGAAGAUGUAUGACGCUCUCACUACCCAGCCAGACGAAUCAGAAAGAAGGGAGGUCGAGGAUCUAGUUACCCGAACCGUGGAGCGGGAGUACAAGCAUGGCACACUAUUCAGCAAGGGGCCGAAUCAUGGUUCUGCAUCACACGAGAAAGACGGCUGGCCAGGAGUAGAUACGCUCAAACAGGUCAAGUGCCCGACAACCGUUGUACAGGCUGGAAAGGACCAGACAUUUGGGGAGAUUCACGGUAAGGCCCUUGUUCAAGCUAUACCUUGUGAUGUGGAGUAUGUACUGUGGGAGGACGUGGGCCAUGAACUGCCAAGACGAAUUUGGGACCGGAUGGCUGCGCUUGUUCAUAAGACCUGGGAGAGAGGUGAAUGCACUUAG